CCGUCCGAGAUGUAAACUUGGCCUACAUAUGUGUGCUAUUUCGAUAGUCUUGUCCGUGUUUUGAAAAAGGUUUCGAUGGUGGGUGUGGCUAUGAACUAUGGGCGGAUCUUAACGAUCUGCUGUGUGCCCCGUUGUGUUUUAUGCUUAUGCUCGUCACCGCCAUCUUGUUGCAACUCCUCUGCGCGAGUGGAAAGAGUUUGUACGAGGGGGAUCCAGCCACGACUCUUUUCUUUUUUUUUAUGUUUCUGGUGCGUCCGGUGGAUCCCGCAGGGAAGUUUAAAGUGCCCCUUUAUCACACAUUUUCUUUAUUAUCUGGAGUAAAACAGUUACGUGCCAGACAUGAGCAUCGAGACAUUGUUAGAAGCAGCCAAGUUCUUGGAAUUGCAAGCCCAGCAACAACAGAAAACACGUGAGGAGAAUGAGUUGAGGGAGCGGCUCCGUCAGGAGCAGGAGGCGGAGCAGAGGAAGAGGACUGAAGUAGCGGCCGCGCAGGCCCUGCGGGUCAACAGCCACCACCACCACCAUCACCACCACCACGUCACCUGGGUGGAGGAGCCCAGUGGCUCGGAGCGCCGGCUGGCUCCACUCCCACCCCAGCCGCCCCCUCCCUCGUUGCCCAUAGCGGUCAUCCCCAUCCCCGUGGUGCCUUCCGCCCCCAACCCCCAGACCGCCUUCCCCCCGGCUCCCAACACCGCAUGCAGUCCCCACACCGUGCACCAUCAGCACCAGCAGCGGCAGGGCUCCCCCAGGAAAGAUGCCCGCAGCCCCCCCACCAGCCAGCACGCCCACCCCCAACACGUUCUCAUCUCUCCCCAGCCUGAGCCUGAGCCCACCUCCUUGACCCACUCCCUGUCAGCCACCACCAAGCACCAACAUCAGCAGCAGCAGCCCCAUCUGGUGCAGUCCUACCCUGGGACCAUCGUCGCUGCAUCCCAGCAUGCUAUGCCCCCUCAGCUGGGCUCCCCACAGGCACAGGCCAGCCCGGUGUCCAGAGGCAGUCCGCCAGACGACGGUCGCCACGGGGACGGGAAGAAGAGGCCUGGCGGGGCAGGGACCAGAGAGGUGCAUAACAAGCUUGAGAAAAACAGACGGGCCCACCUGAAGGAGUGCUUUGAGACCCUGAAGAAGAACAUCCCCAACGUGGACGAGAAGAAGGCGUCCAACCUCAGCGUGCUCCGAAGUGCCCUCAGAUACAUCCAGACACUGAAGCGUAAGGAGAAGGAGUUUGAGCACGAGAUGGAGCGUCUGGCGCGGGAGAAGAUCGCCACACAGCAGCGACUGGCCGAGCUCAAGAACGAGCUGAGCCAGUGGAUGGACGUGCUGGAGAUCGACCGCCUCCUCCGCCAGACAAUGCAGCCCGAAGACGAUCAGGCGUCCACCUCCACAGCCUCAGAGGGUGAAGACAACAUAGAUGACGAUGAUGAUGAUAUUGAGGAGCAAAGUCCGUCUGCUUCACCCCCCCGCAAAGUGCCUCAAGCUCCUCAGCCUGAGCCGAGAAAGGCCUCGCCUGUCCCCUCCAGAGCCGCCCUGCUCAACAACAACCACCACCAUAACCACCACUCCCCCACCACCGUCCAGCACAAGCUUUCACCCCAGCUGGCCCUCUCUGCCACGGCCCUGACCGCCCCAGCCAAGGCCCAGGCCCUUGUUCCUGUCUCGGCCACAGCCCCCAGCACCAUCCCCAGUCCGGUGGCGGCCCUCAACCCCGUCACCAGCUCUCCGCUCCAGGCCCAGACACUGAUGGCCCCCCAGGCGCUCCUGGCGGCCCACGCGCGCAUUGUUGCCAGCAACGGCGUCGGCGCCAUUAACAACGGCAUGGCGGGCAUGGUGCAGCCCACGGUCAUCGCCCACGCCGCUCCGGUCUCGCACGCCUCCGUCAUCCAGGCCACGGUCAACCACAUCAUCCAGCCGGCCGGCAAGCCGACGCCGCAAGUGCUGCAGCAGCCUGGCCAGCACGGCCAUCCUGGCCCCCAGCAACACGCCACCCUGGCCCACCUGGCGCCCUCACCCGGUGCCACGCCACAGCCCAUCGGCCACAUCACCGUGCACCCGGUGGCGCACUUGAGCCAGCAUCACCUGCCCACUCUCUACCCGCAGACCGUGGCCGUCACCCAGCCAGCCAUGGUCAGCCACAUUGCCCACACGCUCACCCACGCCCAGGUCAACGGGGCUUCGCCGGGGCAGAUGGGUAAGCCGGCGGGAGCCCAGGUGGUCGCCCACCACCCGCAGCUGGUGGGCCAGACGGUGCUCAACCCUGUCACCAUGGUGACCAUGCCCUCCUUCCCUGUCAGUACACUGAAGCUGGCCUGAGGUGAACGAAGACGAUGGUGACGAAGACACAGAUUUGAGAUCUGUGACUAGGGGGUAGAGGCAUCAGAGGCCCACAUUUCGGGACCCAACCCCCCCCCGCUGAUGCGAAAGCCUGUGGUUGGUCGCAGCGCGAACCCACUCCGGAAUCAGUCGAGGCUUCGCCGCUAUAAAGAACACUCAGUACAUUCCAAAUAAAUAUACACACAUGCACAAAAUAAACAACUCUAUAAAGAACUAUAAGAAAGACUUUAAUAAUUAAAAUACGGAAAAAAAAAGAAUUUAUAAAUAUCUAUAGCUAUAUAUUGACUUGAUAAAAAAAAAAUGUGUUUAUGUGUGUGUGGGUAGAGCAAGGGUAUGUUGUCUCGAGUGAUUGUUUGCUACUUGCUGUGCGUAUUAGCUUGUGAAAUCAUGGGUCAUGAAUUCUGAGUGACAUGUAGCCCCACCAAAUUUCCAGAGAAGGUGCAGUGUUGUCCCAUCUAUGGACAUGCACACCUCUGCGGUUUCAUUGCCUUGAUAUAUACCAGUGCACAUGAAGUACCCCAUCACAGCGAGAGCAGGCCACGCUUUAAAGCCUCACAGAUACUAUAUGCCUCACCUGAUCGACCUGACGGGUGUUCUGGGUGUUGUUACACCAUAAUUACUGUGGUUCGAGGUCCACAGGUUUUUAUUGUUCGUCGUGUCACUGUCGGGCACAAACCUUGUUAUAUCACAUUUCGGUGCAACCGCUCAAAAGAAGGCCCUUUAACAUCAGAUUUCUGUCUGUAAGCUCUUGAGAAUCACCUUGGGCAAGGAUAUGUGGUCCUGUCUCACCAUCCUCGGCCAGACGUCCCGAGGAGGUUAAUGUGGGUAUCCCCAGUUGGCGGCAGUGCCGUUUUUGUUGCCUUUCAGUGCCUCUGGUGCUCUAGUGUUACAUGUUGCACUUCCGCCCUCUGCUGUCCAGCCUGGUGCACUGCCGCUAAUCCCUACUGUGAGACAGGACAUUCACCAGUACUCAUUCCCGAAGCACACCGCUAGUGUGGAGCAGGAUCAUGGCAUUGAAAAAGAGCAUUCGAUAGUAUAUCAUGACACAAAAGUGGUGUCAGUCCCAGACGGACGUUGUGAAUGUAUAUAAAAGCGAUUAAUUACUGCAUUGCAUCGUAUGCCUUUGUCUUUGCAUCAUGAAGAAAUUAUAGGAAUUAUUUGGUGUGAGUGGAGGAAGAACACUGGCAAUCAGAUUUUGAAAAGCCUAUAAAAAGAAGAAGAAAAAAAGAUAAUGUCACUCAUACUUGGUGAAUGUGUUAAGCUUGUAGGCUUUUUGUGGUGUGGGCACUGUGGUUGACCUGCAUGUGUUUGAUCAUGUGCUGUCGUAGCGAGCAGUAGCGUGUGUAUGUGUAUGAGUGUGUGCGCUGUUUCCAGGAGCUGGCGACAGUGCACCAGCAGAGCCCUGGAGCUUGUGUAUGCGAAUGUGACCGACUCAUUCACCCAGGAAUACGUUUUCGCACCGUAGUGCGAGUGCGGGUGAAUAAUGACCAGAGGGGUGAGGCUGGUCAUCUGCUCACUUAUGUGAACGCAGCGCAACUCAAGUCACAAGUGUAUUGUGACAGACCACCUCAUUACAUCUCCCAAAAAGACCGAACAGUCACGUGUAGAACUGUGCGUGUGUGGGUGUUGGUACUGUAAUGUCCGCACGAAGGUCCUGACCGCACACUCCUCUCCCAUGCGGCCUGUUUCCGCCUGAAUGACAAUGGAUGAAGUAUGAAUGACUGACCGGGUGAAUGGCGUUGACUAACUCUGGUAAAUGACUCGAUGAAUGGCGAUGUAGUCAGAAGCCCGCAUUAGUAUUCCAUUCCAUUGGGGCGCAGCGGCAUGCCUGGCUCACAGCGCCCUCUGGAGGAGGGAGCCAUCCUCUCCAACACUGUGAUGUUGCUGCUCAUCGGCCCCAUGACGAGCAAAAACACGUUUACAGCUGUACCAUUUCAACUGGCAGAAAAAGUUCCCUGCAUUUUAUGCUUGUGUGUGCGUGAGAGAAAUAGUGAGAAUAUUUUAAAACAUCUUUGGCUACAUUUUUUUUAUGUAUGCACAUCUAGGCAUAUGAAAGCAUUCACCUUCAAAUUUAUGUAUUUUAACAUUUUGACCUGCCUGGUUUCGCAUGUAGUUUUGUUGUAAUGUUUUUUUUUCUGGGACCAUGUACAGUACUGUAUACAAUGGGGCAACUUCUCAGACCUCUUUCCACAUUGAUAUUAUAUAUACAUAAUGUGUGUUUUCCCUAUGGAGAAAGUUAAAGUUGUAUAUAGCCUGUAGACUCGGGGCUGCAUUUAGAUCUAACUGUCCAUUAUGUUUAAGAGAACUGUAUGAGGAAAACUGCGAAAAAUUAAUACAAGAGAACAAAAGAUAAGGAUCCUUAAUAAAUCUUGUUACGUUUAA